CAUGGCAUUCCAGCACCAAACGCUUCACGCAAGCCAUCAUGAACAUGGCCAAUAAUGUUUAGGAAAUCCAGGGUCACCUAUUUGAACUUAUCCACGCUGGAGUAUCCUAAAGAAAUAUGCACUAAAGAAUAUGCGGUCAAGUGGAAUCAUUCUGCGCGGGCCUUUAUUAAGAAGGCGGUGGUCAUAUUCUCGUCUUGGAAGUCGGAAGUUGAAGAUGUGGUGUACAAACCAAGAAGAGUACGUGGGCCGGCGCGAACAUUUACAGCUCUCAACAGCAGUGGAUAUUUGAUAUAUACAAUCCACUUCAAUUAUACAUCAAAGUACUGCGCUAUUAUAAGAAAGGAAAAUCACACAAAAGAAGAUGACCGUGGUGCCUGCGAACUAUGGGUAAAUCACAAUUUCUUUGAAGCAAGGCCUGUGAUACAAAAUUACUGCACAGAAAAUUUCAAGAAAUAUUGCAAACAAUACAACGCAACACGUUUUGAUAUUAAAGACUGCUUUGAUACGAGUAAACCCAUUUUAUUUGGGUGAGUGAUGUCGCGCACUCGCGUUUGAGCAUGUAGGUCGAACUAUUCUUGCAAGUUAUCUGAAUAAAUUUAUCUGCUACGCUUCUGU